UUUUUUCUUGAGAAAAAAAAAAUACACGGAUAAGACGGGGAAGCUGCACAGCAAAGCCGAAGUUUCUCACUGAAAAUAAUAGUAAAACAAUUUUCCAAUUUUUUAGGGUUUCAAUUUCAGGUCUCAUAUUUUCAACUCAGAGAUAUCCUAACUCUGUGGUGAUAUGCUUGGAAAACUAGGGUUUUGUUCUGUUUUGUGAAGGUGGAGAUGGGUGUUGAAGAGGGGACAAUCAACAGUGAAGGAGCAGAGAUUGGGGAGGAGAUUAGGUGCUUCAAGAUUGAACCAAUGAAUAAUGGGUUUGGGUCUGAAUUUGCAAAUGAUUCUGGUGAUGGGAGUUCUGGGGCAAGUGAGAAUUUACGAACAUAUAAGAGGCGGAGACAGUUAAGGUCAAGUUCAAAUAUUGAAGUGCAAGAUGGUGGGAGAGCUUCUAUAGACCAGGUCACUCUUCCUUUUACAGAUCAUUGUGCUUCUUUAAAUGAUUCCAAUUAUCGUCUACAAAGGAAGUGGAGAAAUGUUGUAUUGGAGAACAUGCAUCAGUUUUUAAGUGAUGAUGAAGGUGGUAUACGGCGUUCCAUUCAAGAUGCACUUUUAUUUCAUCAAGAAAAUGGUUGUAAUGUGACAGUUAAGGAUUCUGAUACUUGUCAUGAAGAUAAACAGAACUGCUCUCCACAAGCCGGGCAGAUUCCUAAUGGAACUCAGCAUACUGCUGAGAAGCUGGAGGGUGUUAUUAUAUCUAAUGGGUCUUAUAAGGAAUUAAAUACUCAAACUACCACUGAGAGGUGUCAACGUGUUUUCUUUGAUGUUAUAAUUUCAGAAAAGUUCACAACGUUGUGUAAGCUUCUCUUAGAGAAUUUCCAAGGGAUUAAGCUUGACAAUCUUUUUCACUUAAGUCUAAUAAACUCAAGGAUGAAAGAGGGAGAGUAUGAACAAUCACCUAUGCUUUUCACAUCAGAUAUUCAGGAGGUAUGGAGAAAACUUCAAGGACUUGGAUCAGAAAUUAUAUCCCUUGCGAAGAGCCUUUCAAACAUUACAAGUGCUUCCUGUAGUGAACAAGUUGGAUGUUCUGGUGGCAGUGCUGAAAAGGAGAAACAUGAGUUCUGUACUCGGGAAUCAGAAACUCUUGCUAAACCGGAGCAAAUUGAAGCUUGUGGUGUCUUUAAAGUUUGCACUUGCAGGUAUUGUGGGGAGAAAGCAGAUGGAAAGGAUUGUUUUGUAUGUGAUUCAUGUGAGGAAAUGUACCAUGUUGCCUGUAUUGAGCCUGCUGUGAAAAUGAUUCCUCGAAAAAGUUGGUAUUGUGCCAGCUGCACCGGUAAUGGAAUGGGGUCUCCACAUGAGAACUGUGUGAUAUGUAACAGACUGAAUGCCCCACGGACUCUCAACAGCAAUGUUGCUGAUGAAAAUUAUAAUGAACAUUUUGAAACAUUUACUGAAUUGGAAGAAAAUUCAAACUGUAGUGUUGGUAAUGGGCUUCAGUUAUCACCGGGGAGCAAAACCCGGCGUGUUUGCAAAAUUUGUGGAGGUAAUUUUGUCAAAGGUGAGGAGUUAAGGAGUUGCGAGCAUCCUUACUGCCCCAAUAAAUAUUACCAUGUUAGGUGCCUGACAAUGAAGCAGUUAAAAACAUAUUGUUCUCGCUGGUACUGCCCUUCUUGUCUAUGUAGAGCUUGCCUUGCUGACAAAGAUGAUGAUAAGAUUGUUUUAUGUGAUGGCUGUGAUGCUGCAUACCACAUUUAUUGCAUGAAACCACCACGAACUUCAAUCCCAAGCGGAAAAUGGUUUUGUAGAAAAUGUGAUGCUGGGAUCCAGCGAAUACAGAGAGCUAAAAGAGCAUAUGAAAGUAAGCUGAAAAUGAAGGGCGUAGGAGGUAAAAUGGCAUAUGGUAAUCUGGAAUUGAGCCCGAAUCAGAGAGAGAAAGAGGAAUCUGAUAGAAGUAGAGGUGGAAUGGACAUGCUUCUAUCUGCUGCCAGUACUCUACACUUUGAGGAGAAGUUGAAUGCGACUCGCAAGAAGAGUUAGAAAGACCUUGCACUCGGAGGACAUAACAUGAUAUGAUCUGUUUUCACGGUAUAAUGCCUUUACCUUUUCGAUUAUGGAUAACUCAGAUUGAUAACUUAUUUUCACUUCAUUUUUUGGGAUGGGAAACAGAUUGUUGUAGGUGUAGGUUAUUAACUUCAUUAGAUUUUACUAGCAUUUGGGUGAAUAGCUAUGAGCAAAAUACAAAACCAAAGGCUGUAUAUUUUCUGCUUGGCACACAUUAGGACUUGUAUGAUCUCUGCUUGAUCAAUGGGAUCGCCAAACUGUUAGAUCCUGUUGGUACAGAAAAUCAUCCACUAACAGGUAUGAUUGAACUAAUGUUAGUUUUUACUUUGAAUAGAUAGUUUAGUUUCAAAAGUGAAUGUUCCCAAGAAAUGUUGUAUAAUUGUGGAGAAAACUCUGACCGAACAGCCUGUUGUAAGCCAUGAAAAGUCUAGUCUAAUUGUAUGAUUACCUUUUGUUA